UCGCCGCUCGCCUUUGGACGCGGCAACUCGUUCCCAAGACUCCGUUACAGCUUUUAAAAAUCGAAUACGUUAUUCGAACUUUGGUAAAAGUGACUCCGUGUUUGAGUUUGAUCGGUGUUGCUAUAAAAGUUGCACGGAUUUUUUGAUAGGAAAUUACGAUUGAUUAACAUCGACUACCUUGCGAUAUAAUCUGAAUCGGAUCAAGAACUACGAACUCCUUUACGCAAAACUCCUCGCUCUACAUAACCUCAAAAGUGACGUUGUCAUUUUGACGUUAACUUGUUGGUGAAAUCGUGAAGUAAACAAAAAGACUAUGCGGAUAGGAUUUUUAAUAAGAUAACAUUAAAAAAUUCCGUUGCAACUUAUAUUUAUAAUGGCGUCUUGGAAGUCUUGUUUUUGGACGGUGUUUUUACUGUGCCUGUUGGGGAAGAUAUCCGGAUUGGAUAAUGGAUUAGCUUUAACCCCACCGAUGGGUUGGCUGGCGUGGGAAAGGUUUAGAUGUAACACUGACUGUAAAAAUGAUCCAGAUAAUUGUAUAAGCGACCGACUAUUCCGCACGAUGACGGAUAUCCUGGUCAACGAGGGAUACGCGGCGGUUGGGUACGAGUACGUCAACGUCGACGACUGCUGGCCGGAACGAGAACGUGACGCGCGCGGCAGACUGGUGCCCGAUAGAGAGAGGUUUCCGUACGGCAUGAAGAGCUUGUCUGAUUACGUUCACAGCAAAGGUCUGAAAUUCGGAAUAUACGAAGACUAUGGCAACUUCACAUGUGCCGGAUAUCCGGGCGUUGUCGGCCAUCUUGCCGGAGAUGCGGCGACAUUCGCGGCUUGGGACGUCGACUAUGUAAAGUUGGACGGAUGCUACGCGCUACCUGCGGACAUGGACCACGGCUACCCCGCGUUUGGCCGCGAGCUUAACCUCACCGGCCGUCAGAUGGUGUACUCGUGCAGCUGGCCAGUCUACCAAAUAUACGCUGGGAUACAGCCCAACUUCACGUCGAUAAUCGAGCACUGCAAUCUGUGGCGUAAUUUUGACGACAUCCAGGACUCCUGGGCGUCCGUCGAGUCUAUUAUAGACUACUACGGAAACCACCAGGACGUGAUCGUGCCUAACGCUGGUCCUGGACACUGGAACGACCCUGACAUGCUGAUCAUAGGCAACUUCGGUCUAUCAUACGAGCAGAGUAAGACUCAGUUUGCGAUCUGGGCGAUUCUCGCAGCGCCGCUGCUCAUGAGCGUGGACCUGCGUACCAUCAGGCCCGAGUACAAGGCCAUCCUGCAGAACAGGAAGAUUAUAGAAGUUGACCAGGACCCACUCGGGAUACAGGGUAGAAGAAUAUACAAGCAUCGCGGUAUCGAAAUCUGGUCGCGGCCUAUCGUGCCCAUCCAGGGUCAACAUUACUCUUACGCGGUGGCGUUCCUCAACCGUCGGACUGAUGGCACACCUUCCGACGUCGCCGUCACACUGCGCGAGCUCGGCCUCAACAACCCAGCGGGAUACAGACUCGAGGACUUGUACGAGGACGUGGACUACGGCGUGCUGUCCCCGCAGACCAAGAUUAAGGUGAAGGUGAACCCAUCAGGUGUUGUGAUACUUCGUGCGGAUGCCCAACCAUCGUUUGCCUACAACGCUAUCCCAUCUCGGACGACUUACUCGCCGCUAAACGACAUUUUUAGACUGACUAAGAAAUAAAGCCCUCUUGCGGUCCACGCGUAAUACAAGUUCGAGUCAAAAUCGUAAAGAUUUACAAGUACAAUCCAAUAAUAUAUCCAUCAAUUACUGAAUAUACUUCUAUUCGCUGUAAAUAUUUAAAUACAUUGAUAGAUUCUUUAGAACUUUUUUCCCUGAAUGUAAUUUUUCAACUUUUGAAAGAAAGGGUCGCAAAAUUCGAACUAAAAAAAUUAGCUAUUUUACCAUUAAUCUGGAAUUUAAAUAUUUAUU